CAACACCAGGUUUCUUCCGCCUUUCGUUGUCGCGUAAGGUCACUCACUCAAUCUGGCAGGGAGAUACGUACUGGUGUCAAGAGAGCGAUAAGGCUGCUUCUCCUUCCUCUCCGGUCAUCGUUCUCCUGCUGCUGCCAGCCGUGCAAAACACACGGAGCCCCUGUUGUGUUGCCGCAAAGGCAGGUGAACAAACAGACAGACAGACAGACAGUGGCCAGGCAGUCGGCGACCAGGUGUGCGUUUCACCCCAUCGGUUAUCCUGGGGACUUGUGGCAGGGAUUCAACCUCCCGAGCCUCAAAUAAUCUGUCCGCAGUUGUGCCGUCAACGAGCAUCAACCUUAUCUGCGGUUCGCUCUUGCUUAUCAACCCUCGGAGACAAGCGACAAGUACCCCCAAACGUAACCAGUCUUUCGAUCCAUCCAGGCCGGCCCAUCCACCUGCAGCGUUUCUCGCGGGUCCUCCUGUCAGCAGGGCUCAAUCCGGGGAACGCUAACGUCCUUGAAAAGAUUCCGAAAUCCCAGAAUCAUCCCCCGGGGGCGUUCGAUUGCCCGUGGACCCUGUCGCCUCCUCGUCCCCAGAGUCUCGAAGACACCAUUCUGUUCUGGUUCCACACGGGGGCGCACGCCACUACCUCACCCACCUCCCCGUGGGGCUGACCAUUCAGUAAGCUGUAUCAACCACUUGGACUUGUCCAUAUCUUCCUCCUGCCUCUUCCUGGUUGGGGGUGGCAGCGUUACCCGCAUACGACUUCAGAAAUACUUGGUCACAGCAUCAGUCCCCCAGUCACCUGCGGCACUGCUCCUGGCCUGAUCACAGAGCAGAUUUUGAAUAGGAAAGUAGCUUUGUCCAACCUACCGGUACCAUAGCUCUUCCUCGUCCAAUACUCGGGAUAGGACUUCAUCUGGGACAACAUUUAGGGUAAAUCCGGCCGCGAUCGAUCGUCUCUGUAUCCCCCAAAUCGUUAUCAUGUCCGUUCCCAGUGCCGUCCCAAGGACGGCUCCCAUUGCCAUUGCGCCCAAACCUCCCCCACGCUUUCCUCCCAGUCGACAAGCAAGCAUCAACUAUAGCGACUCCUUCUCCGGUUUCCGAAGCGGCAUCAACACCCCGGACACAGACUCUCUAAGUGGACAACCAGCAAGUCCCUGUGAAGCUUGUCUACGCCGUAGGCUUGAGUGCGUCAUGAGUGAUGACGAAGAGAGCUGUGUUGCUUGCCAGACGAAUGGUGCAGAAUGUUCGUUGGGCGAGAGCCCUCCGCCACGGAAACGCAAGUUGAACGGUGAUGCAGAGGAGAGUGGCAGUAAAAGAAGUUCCCCAGCACGAUUUGAUAAUAGGAAACGAAGGCAGAACCCACCAAGCCUGUCGAGCACCGUUACUACCGGCAUGUCCCUGAUCGAGGAGAUGGCGAACUUUGGCGGCCCAACCUUGCUAAAGCGUACCCUUGGUCUUCAAUCAGACAGGUAUAGUCAGUACAUAGGGCCGACGACCGACUUUGAGCCCUCGCUCAUCAACCUCUCCCCUUUUGACCCACAUGAUGAGAGUCUCCUCGCCCGAGGGACUCUAAGGAAGGUCGGCGAUGAGGAUACUUUCCUCAUGCUCCCGGAUUCACUCACGCCUGGACACGCCCAUAUAAUCGAAGAUGUCGACGAAAUCGAAAGUAUCGUUGCCCCGCAUGGCCGAAAGCUAAUCGACCUGUACUUUCGUAUAGUACAUCCCGGAUUUCCCAUUGUCCAAAAAUCGGUCUUUUAUGAAAAAUACGACCGAUCACAUCGAGAAUUUUCGCCGCCGCUCCUUGCUGCCAUAUACAUCUUGGCCAUCAACUGGUGGGAUCAUUCGGAGGAACUGGCGUCACUGCCGCGACCCAAUGUUCGGGAACUGGAGAGACUGGUUCGUGUCACUCUCGCAGAUGCCAUGUAUCGACCCAAGCUGUCGACUAUUCAAGCCGGUCUAUUGCUUUCGCAGCGCCCCGAGGGUGAUCAAUGGGCCCCCACGGCACAGCUUGUUGCUAUCGGACAAGAGCUUGGUCUGCAUCUCGACUGCUCGUCGUGGAAGAUCCCGCCCUGGGAGCGAGGACUGAGAAAACGUCUCGCGUGGGCGCUAUACAUGCAGGAUAAAUGGGGUGCGCUCGCACAUGGACGUCCUUCCCAUAUUUUUUCGUCUAACUGGGCCGUGCCCGUUUUGACGCCUCAUGAUUUCCCCGACAUUGACUGGGAGGAGAGCGAUGCGGAGGCGCGGAUUGAGACGGAGCGUGGGCGCACUCUGUUUUGCCAAAUGGUUCAACUUUCCCAAAUCCUCGCCGAGAUCCUCGAGACGUUCUAUACCCUGCAAGCCACGCGGGCCGUUGCUAAUGCUGGCCCUCAAGGCACGCAACUCGUACUCUCGCUAGCCAAACCCAUUCAGCUCAAGCUGAAGGAAUGGUACAGCGGGUUGCCUGACUCGGUUCGCAUGGACUCAACCUUUCAAAGCGCCACCCUGUCACAGAGCAACAGCAGCAACAACAACAACAACAACCGCCUCUCUAGCAUUGGUUACCUCCACCUGGCCUACUUCGCCACGGAGAUUACUCUCCACCGCCGCAUCAUCCGCUCGAUCGACGCUUCUUGCUCUUCUUCAUCCGGCUCCACCAUCGCCUCACUCAGCGCCAGUGUUAACAGCACAACGAGCAGCAACCCAAGCUCAACUGCCAGUAACAUUGAUCCAUAUAUCCAGCAUAUCUGCCGAAGCGCGGCUAAAGCCCGUCUGAUCUCCGCCAUGGAUUUUGUGAACCGCCUCACCCCUUCUCACCUGCGCGCGUUCUGGUACUUCGCCUCCAAAACCAACUUCGCCUUGAUCGGCACGUUUGGAUCACUUCUCUGGGCCACCUCCCCAGGGAGAGAGGAGGCCGAUUGGUACAGGCGUCGCUUGGGAGAGUAUCGCUGGACACUCAGCGUCAGCUCAAAGCCUGGCGAGGGUCACAAGGGUUUGACGGAAUUUGCUAUGGGUAUGCUCGAUAUCUCGACUGGGUUGCUAAAGCAGUUGCCGGAGAAGCCGCUGCUAAGUAGAAGCGGGAGUGCGGUCAACGUUGGGGUGGGUGUCAAUGCCGAAGUUAUGAGGAGCCAAAGCUUGCUUGCUUUGGGGACGGGUACUGGAUCGGCACAGAGAGGCGGGUAUGGUGUUGGUAGCCCUGCAUCUUCUGGGUUCGGGCGCAUGGGCAGUAUGAGUGGGUUUAACGAGAGUUAUGUUCGAGGAGGACCGGAUCGAAGAUAUCAGCAGCCGGCGAGAGGCGAUGCGAGCGGUGUGCAGAGCCCGAGGAGUAUAAGUAGCGACAGCAGCGAUGAGGGCGGAUAUGGGAACUUUUCGGUGACGGCGGGAAUGGCUGGGCUGGCGGACUGACCUACGAUGAACUUGCAUGAAAGUGUCUGUUGUAGUUCAGGCGGAGGAAGGCUCUGAGUACAUCAUCGGAGAUUUGUCUGGCGACCACAAAGGAAGUGAGGAAACUAGCAUUUUCAUAUUCGUAUGCUGCUGCAGAUGAAACGAAUCCUGGAAAAUUGUUCAAAAUCAAAAAAGACCGAUCAGAGAGGCGGCUGUGGCUGGGAGGCGGGGGUUGUUUUUAAUUCCCGUUGUUCAGGACAACCGCACCUUUUCUAUCUAAGACUCCUCAAAGCCGCGGAGAUGCAUUCACCAAAUGCAAUAAAUUUGCAGGUGUUGCUGGACCCCAAACGCAGGCGCGCGUGUCACGGAAAUAAUCAACCCCAUGGCGUGCGAAAGCACGCGAUGCUAUUCCCCCAAAAUGGGUGCCGAUGACGUGCUAAGAAAGGCUGAGUGGUGCGGGCGCUGGGCGGGUCUUCCAUACAACAUUACACAACACAGCAACAAACUACCACCUACCACUCAGAGGCAACAGACCCCGUACCAAAGUGUGUCAUCAACAACAGACAACACAAUGUGUCGACAAUAGCAAAACAGCAUGUAGCAAAGACCAGACAGGAGACCCGUCUCACUGCCGUCGCCAACUGCUCGGUCCAGUCAUCAGUACACUUUCCUUGCCCCGUCACUUUCUUCCAACCGUCCCCCUUUCUCCUUCUCGGUUAAGACGGACUCGGACAUGGAAAGAAAUAAAAGAAGGGUGGUUACACGAAAAUCUCGUUAACAGAGCUCACUCUCGCCCUAGCCCAUCACUCGCUCGGAAGAGAAUGAAUGGUAACACGAAGGAGGGGCUCGCUCGGUUGUCGAGAAUCCACGAGCGAAGAGGCCUGCCUGCUGGUAUGAUCAAGGUUUCUAUUCUCUUUUCCCCAACUAUUUCCUUUUUGACGACUGUCACGCAACGAAGGAAGCUAGCUGAGUGGCAAUGUUGGUGGCAGAAGUCGAUGGGUAGGUAGCCAAGGGGCUGCUACCAAGAUGUAGAUGUUGAUAUACAUGAAGCAUGCGUGGAGAUGGGUUACUAGACCCGAUGGAUGGAUGGCUCAUGAGAGGAAGAGGAAGAGAUGCCGUUGAUACCCUUAGGGUUGUUGUUGUUGUUGUUAUUGUUAUUGCUGGUUUCGUUCUUGUCUCUCUGCUUUAUUUUUUUUUCUUGUUUACGACUUCCUUCAUCUUCUCCUCUUGUUCUUGACUGUUGUCAUUAGCAAGGCAACCAUGCCAGAGUUGUUACUUUGGAUGGACUUUUUUUUGGGAGGGCUUUCAUCUUCUUCUUGCAUAUAUACCGAUAGAUUUGCUGCGUUUUCACCUCAGUCAUCAAUUUAGUUUGAACUUGCCAGGUCUUUUCUGUUCAUCCUGUGAUAGCGAGUGGACUGACGACCCCUGUGAUUCCGGACGCACUUGGCGAUGUAGCGUGUCGAUAAAUUUUAGAGGACAUUUGAGAAAGAAAAACUCGGACUUGACUAAACCUACCUUAUGGUUAACCAGCAUGAACAAAACCAUGUUCACUCUCUUUUUUUCAGGUGUACAUGUAGUCGUUUAUUUGCC